CCUCUUGGAGAACUGAUUGAGAGAAUCAACCAGAAAGACAUUGAGGGAACCACUGGAGAAAUUAUUCACUUUGGGAUCAGCGGAAGUGAGCUGGUGGCCUCAUACAACUGGGCUGAUCAGAAGGCUCCAAAAAUUAUCGUACCAGGUGAGUGCCGUCCGCCUCUAUGGAAGCCGUUAGAGAAGCCACGAGAGCUUCUUGAGGAUAAUGGCGUUUACUUUCGCGAUAAUAAUUCGGCUUUCUUUCCAAAGCAUCCACUUGAGCCCGCGAUUGUUUCCGUUAUGAAGAUGCAUCCAAGUUCACUUCAUAUAGACCUCGUCGGAUGUAAUAGCACUAUUGGAAAUCUUUUACGGUUCGUUCAAGGCAUCGACCGAUCAUUUCGUAUGCUUGUGGAGGUCGUGGGUAAGACCGUUCACUUUAUACGACGGGAGAACUCGCCGACGGAGCAAAUAUUGGGGGUCAGAGGUUUUGGGCACGCGUUCCCAGAAGCCUACACCAUAUGGGCUCCUGACGUCCGGCCAUCUAAAUCACACCAUAGAAUUCUCAAAUACCAGUUCGGAGGACUUGAUCUUCUGUUGCGACAAAGUUCUGAUGGAUAUAUCGAAGAGAAAAACACGAAUACCAUAACAGCCGCAGAGCCUUCAGCUGUUAAUGGUAAAGAUUUAGUCAGUCACCUCGAGAGUCUCUCCAUCGGGACAUCGUCAGCUUCGCCUCCUAAUUCUGGGUAUCUCGAGGUAGUUGAUGGUGGUCAGCCAACGUCUCAAGAAUCCAUUUUUGAUCUAAAGACUCGCUCGAUCAAAGCCAUCCAGAAGGACACUCUCGGAGAGGAACUCCCACGUUUGUGGCUAGCUCAAAUCCCCAAUUUUAUACUUGCGCAUCACUCACGUGGGACUUUCAACAAUAUCGAGGUUACUGAUGUACGCGAUGAAAUUCAAGACUGGGAAAAAUCUCAUCAGCAAGAUCUCAGUCGUCUGAGCGCUCUUUUGCAUCGCAUAAUUGCCACGGCUUUAGAGAAACAGGAUACUGCAAUAGAGAUUGUUAGACAGCAAGGGGAGUCAUUGGAGAUUCGACAACGUCUUCCAGAUGCUGGCAUUGUAUUUUCAGACCAUGUGAAAGAGCAAUGGCUUGAUUGGCUUGGAUACAGUGGUGACGUUGAAGAAGCACAUGGGAGCGGCGAAAGAAGCGGCGACUGCGGCAGUGACAAUGACAGCGAUAGCGGCGACUUCACUGCAUGCAAUGAAGAAUGUGGAUAUUGUGGUAAAUGC